UCUGGAGCCUCCCAGACGUGACUGUCCCGGGAGAAGUGGCCCAGGGCGGGCAGAAGACACAGCCUGAAGAGACCCAGGAAGAGGAAAAGAGGAGGUAAGCGGGGCCGCUGCCGCCUCCUCUGCUCCGGCAGCGCGGAAGAGACCCGGGUGACCGCCUGGCUUAGAGACACAAGCACCGCUUCUUCCUCAGUAACGUACCGGAGCCUUCCGCAGCUGCCGCCUCAGAGCGAAGGAGGAAGGGAACCAACCCACUUUCUCAGCGCCACGGCUCUUCCCUAAAGUGAUUACUUCCUUAGGAUAGAUUGCCAGAAGUGGAGUUACUGGGUCAGAGGAAUGUGAAAUCCUUUGCAUCUUCUGAUAGUCUAGCUAAGGUCCAAGAAGUAGCAAGCUGGCUUUUGGAAAUGAAUCAGGAACUGCUCUCUGUGGGCAGCAAAAGACGACGAACUGGAGGUUCUCUGAGAGGUAACCCUUCCUCAAGCCAGGCAGAUGAGGAACAGAUGAAUCGUGUGGUUGAGGAGGAACAGCAGCAGCAGCAGCAGCAGCUCAGACAACAAGAGGAGGGGCACACUGCAAGGAAUGGUGAGGUCGUCGGAGCAGAACCUAGACCUGGAGACCAAAAUGAUUCCCAGCAAGGACAGUUGGAAGAAAACAAUAAUCGAUUCAUUUCGGUAGAUGAGGACUCCUCGGGAAACCAAGAAGAGCAAGAAGAAGAUGAAGAACAUGCUGGUGAACAAGAUGAGGAGGAUGAAGAGGAAGAGGAAAUGGACCAGGAGAGUGAUGAUUUUGAUCAAUCUGAUGACAGUAGCAGGGAAGAUGAACAUACACAUAGUAACAGUGUCACAAACUCCACUAGUAUUGUGGACCUGCCUAUUCACCAGCUCUCCUCCCCAUUCUAUACAAAGACAACAAAAAUGAAAAGAAAAUUAGACCAUGGUUCUGAGGUCCGCUCUUUUUCUUUGGGAAAGAAACCAUGCAAAGUCUCAGAAUAUACAAGCACCACUGGGCUUGUACCAUGUUCAGCAACACCAACAACUUUUGGAGACCUGAGAGCAGCCAAUGGCCAAGGGCAACAACGACGCCGAAUUACAUCUGUCCAACCACCUACAGGCCUCCAGGAAUGGCUGAAAAUGUUUCAGAGCUGGAGUGGACCAGAGAAAUUGCUUGCUUUAGAUGAGCUUAUUGAUAGUUGUGAACCAACCCAAGUAAAACAUAUGAUGCAAGUGAUAGAACCCCAGUUUCAACGAGACUUCAUUUCCUUGCUCCCUAAAGAGCUGGCACUUUAUGUGCUUUCAUUCCUGGAACCCAAAGACCUGCUACAAGCGGCUCAGACGUGUCGCUACUGGAGAAUUUUGGCUGAAGACAACCUUCUCUGGAGAGAGAAAUGCAAAGAAGAGGGUAUUGAUGAACCAUUGCACAUCAAGAGAAGAAAAGUCAUAAAACCAGGUUUCAUACACAGUCCAUGGAAAAGUGCAUACAUCAGGCAGCACAGAAUUGAUACUAACUGGAGGCGAGGAGAACUCAAAUCUCCUAAGGUUCUGAAAGGACAUGAUGAUCAUGUGAUCACAUGCUUGCAGUUUUGUGGUAACCGAAUAGUUAGUGGUUCUGAUGACAACACUUUAAAAGUUUGGUCAGCAGUCACAGGCAAAUGUCUGAGAACAUUAGUGGGACACACAGGUGGAGUAUGGUCAUCACAGAUGAGAGACAAUAUCAUCAUUAGUGGAUCUACAGAUCGGACUCUAAAAGUGUGGAAUGCAGAGACUGGAGAAUGUAUACAUACAUUAUAUGGGCAUACUUCCACUGUCCGCUGUAUGCAUCUCCAUGAAAAAAGAGUUGUUAGCGGUUCUCGAGAUGCCACUCUUAGGGUUUGGGAUAUUGAGACAGGCCAGUGUUUACAUGUUUUGAUGGGUCAUGUAGCAGCAGUCCGCUGUGUUCAAUAUGAUGGCAGGAGGGUUGUUAGUGGAGCAUAUGAUUUUAUGGUGAAGGUGUGGGAUCCAGAGACGGAGACCUGUCUACACACGUUGCAGGGGCAUACUAAUAGAGUCUAUUCAUUACAGUUUGAUGGCAUCCAUGUGGUGAGUGGAUCUCUUGAUACAUCAAUCCGAGUGUGGGAUGUGGAGACGGGGAAUUGCAUUCACACGUUAACAGGACACCAAUCAUUAACAAGUGGAAUGGAACUCAAAGACAAUAUUCUUGUCUCUGGGAAUGCAGAUUCUACAGUUAAAAUCUGGGAUAUCAAAACAGGACAGUGUUUACAAACAUUGCAAGGUCCUAACAAGCAUCAGAGUGCUGUGACCUGUUUACAGUUCAACAAGAACUUUGUAAUUACCAGCUCAGAUGAUGGAACUGUAAAACUAUGGGACUUGAAAACGGGUGAAUUUAUUCGAAACCUAGUCACAUUGGAGAGUGGGGGGAGUGGGGGAGUCGUGUGGCGGAUCAGAGCCUCAAACACAAAGCUGGUGUGUGCAGUUGGGAGUCGGAAUGGGACUGAGGAAACCAAGCUGCUGGUGCUGGACUUCGAUGUGGACAUGAAGUGAAGAGCAGAAAAGAAAUUUGUCCAAAUGUGUAGACGAUAUACUCCCUGCCCUUCCCCCUGAAAAACAAACAAACAAAAAACAAAAACAACAGAAGAAAAAAGCAAAAAAAAAAAAAAAAAAAAGAAAAAGAAAAAAAAAAUCCCUUGUUCUCAGUGGUGCAGGAUGUUGGCUUGGGGCAACAGAGUGAAGAGAUCUACAGACAAGAAGGAAAAGAGGAAGACAUGACAAACCGUAACUGACGAGAGAGGCAUCUGCUGUCUCAGCACAUAAAAGGCUUCACUUUUGACUGAGGGCAGCUUUGCAAAAUGAGACUUUUUAAAUCAAACCAGGUGCAAUUAUUUCUUUAUUUUCUUCUCCAGUGGUCACUGGGCAGUGUUAACGCUGAAGCUUCGUUACAGAUUCUGUUAGCCUGUCCUUUUACCACUGAGACCUAGGAAGGGGCUGCAAUAACACCCAAACAGGGACUGGCUGACUUUCUCAGUAGAGAGCAUCUGCAACAAAAAGUCAUUUUUCUGGAGUGGAGAAGCUUAAAAAAAAAAAAAAAAAAAAAAAAAAAAAA